AUGAAACUUUUCACGAGUAUUCUUAUGAACAAAUUGGAAAGGCAAAUCACUAAUGGUGAAGAACAAGGUUUUACAAGAGAGCGAUCUAUAACAGAUGCAGUAUUCAUAAUAAAACAAAUAAAAGAAAAAGCUAUAGAGUUCGGCAUGCCAGCGUAUACUUGCUUCAUUGAUCUGACAAAGGUGUUUGAUAGGGUUCGCCUGGGAGACAUUCUAAAUAUAUUAAUAGAAAAUAAAACACCGACCAACACAAAAAAGAUAGUCCAUAACCUAAAUAACAACAAUGUAACCAAAGGUAGAGGAGGAGACCAAUUCACUGAAAAUAUUCCAACACCUGGAUGAAUUAGACAAGGCGACACUUCAGAAUUAAAUAGAUCGAAAGAUCUCCAAGAAGUAGAAGAAGAUAGCAGAGCACAAAUU